GAGCGCACGGGCUCGCCGGCCGAGGCGGAGCCGCCCCGUCCCUCCUUCUCCGAGCGAGCGAGCGCUCGCCCGACCCAGCCCCGUCCAGCGGCUCUUCGCCCGGGCUCGGCUUGGGGGGGCCGAGGAAGCGCGCAGCGCACGCCUUGCGGGAGGAGUCCCGCCUCGCGCAUGGGGAGGCGCCCCGUCCCGAGGGGCCGAGGGCCACCGGCGCCAACUCUCGCCCGCCGAACUGGGGUUGAUGUUGAACCUACAGAGCCCGUUCACCGAGAGGGGGGGAUUCUUCUCUUCCCUGGCACACCCGCACCCGCCGCAGGAAGACGGCCACCUCCAGCACAUGGAUGGCAACGGGAGCCUCAACGGGAGUGAUGUGGGGCACAGAGGGGACCUUCCCUAUCCCUUGCACACCACCUUGGCCCUCAUCACCCUGGCUACGCUGCUCAUGCUCUUCACCAUCUUCGGCAACGUCUUGGUCAUCAUCGCUGUCUUCACUAGCCGGGCCCUCAAGGCCCCUCAGAACCUCUUUCUGGUCUCCUUGGCCUCGGCUGAUAUCUUGGUGGCCACCCUGGUCAUCCCCUUUUCCCUAGCCAAUGAAGUGAUGGGCCAGUGGUACUUUGGGAAAGUCUGGUGCGAGAUCUACCUGGCCUUGGAUGUACUAUUUUGCACCUCUUCCAUUGUACAUCUCUGUGCCAUCAGCCUAGAUCGUUACUGGUCCAUCACUCAGGCCAUCGAAUACAACCUCAAGCGCACCCCACGCCGCAUCAAAAGCAUCAUCUUCCUCGUCUGGGUCAUCUCGGCCGUCAUCUCUUUCCCACCACUCAUCUCCAUCAUGAAGCAGGGUGAGCCUGACAGUUCAGUCCAUCAAGAAACAGACUCAAAGCCAGAGAGCAAGACACCUACCUGCAUCAUCAACAAGGAGACAUGGUACAUCAUCUCUUCCAGCAUUGGCUCGUUUUUCGCUCCCUGCCUUAUCAUGAUCCUGGUUUAUGUCCGUAUCUAUCAGAUUGCAAAGAGGAGGACUCGUGUGCCUCCCGGCAAGAGAGGGGAGAAUACAGAGAGGAAGCAGAAUGGGCUGGCAGAUAAGGAAGACCUUCCUGCGAUGACCAAACUUAAUGGGGAGAAGGGCGCUGUGGUGGGAGGAAGCCAGGAAAGGGAAGAAGUCAAUGGCAUUGACAUGGAGGACACUUCCUCCUCAGAACACAACGAGGACCAUCAGUCCAGGAAGCAGGAGAAGGCGCAGAGAGGAAAGGGUAAAACCAAGCUAAGCCAGAUUAAGCCUGGGGACAACUUGCCUUCAAGAGUGGAGGAGGAGAGAAAUGCCAAAGCUUCCCGAUGGAGGGGCAGGCAGAACCGAGAGAAACGCUUCACCUUUGUGCUGGCAGUAGUGAUUGGGGUGUUUGUGGUUUGCUGGUUCCCUUUCUUCUUCACCUACUCCUUGACUGCUGUUUGCAAGAGUUGCUAUGUGCCUGACACCCUCUUCAAAUUCUUCUUCUGGUUUGGUUAUUGUAACAGCUCCCUGAACCCUGUCAUCUACACCAUCUUCAACCAUGACUUCAGGAGGGCCUUCAAAAAGAUUCUCUGCAAAGUAGACCGAAAACGGAUUGUGUGAGAAACCAGGUUAAUUUGCAAGGGUGAUAUUUCUUUUUCUUCCAGAGGGUCUCUACUCUGACUGGUUUGGGAUGGUGUUUUAGCUGAUUUCUGAGCUCAAACUCUUCAAAGACUUCAGGUGAAAUGAAGUGUUUAAAAUGGUAGCACACAGCCUCAGCCAAAGUGGAAUAUUUCGCUCAAUUGAUGGAGUUGGAGACUUGACUGUAGGCAAUGUUUCUAUACACUUGUAAGUUUGACUUGUUACAAAACUGAAACGAACUAACUGGGGUGGGGGAGGGAAGUCACAAAGAUGAAAGGAAAGUCCUAUAUUUCAGGAAUACUUUCUAUUUUUGUUUUCUUUGUACAAAUGUAAUUAAUGCUGAACUCCUUGUAAAGCUACAGUAUUGCAUCUUUGGGAAUCUGUACAUCUUUAAUUUUGGUAGUAGAAACCGGGUUUGAAGCUUCUUUAGGUAUAUCUUGAAAACUUGAAGUACUGAUAAAAGAAAUGAACGGACCACUGGAGCCAUCUCAUCAAUCCUAAAAUACGAUAGUAUUAAAGUACCAAGAUUUCCAAUAUGCUGUUGGAUUUUUGGGCUCAUAAAAAACUGGUAACACACACUUGAAACAGCCAGUGUUUUAUUCUACCCCCUAUGUGUAGCUUGUUUUUAUUUUAAUAUUCUUGUGUUGUCUCUUUAUGCAGUAUUUGAUAAAAAGCUGUACAAAACGAAUAUUAAAAGUUUUACAAUUGGCACAGAGGCUCUCAAAAGGCUAAACUCAUUUUAACUUUUAAUGCUCAAGAGCAAUUAGGUACUAAAAGGGUUGAUAAGGUAACCCCCCACCCCUGUAUCAUGCACUGAUAUAUGUUCAAUGCUAACUUGUUUCC